GCGGGGCCGAGCGCGGGCUCCACCCCCAGCCCGAGGCCGCUGCGGCCCGGAGCUGAGUGCGGGGCCUCGCGGCUGUGGGCGGGCUCCAAGGCGGCCUGUCGCGGCCUCGCUCGCUCCCUCCCGACACAGGCAAACGCUUUCCCGGUUGGGUUCCGCAGAUCGCUGCAUGCUGCUGCCUGCCACUCGGCUGCUUUGCCGGCCUCUCCGCUGCAUCCGUGCAUUAGGCCACCCGCCCUCGCGCUCCCUCAUGGACCUCAAGGAGCUCGUUUCUGCCCUGAAUGACUUUGCGUCCCUGUCUCUAGCUGAAAGCUGGGACAAUGUGGGGUUGCUGGUGGAACCGAGUCCUCCCCAUACCGUGAACACUCUUUUCCUCACUAACGAUCUCACUGAGGAGGUGAUGGAAGAGGCGGUGCAGAAGAAAGCAGACCUUGUUCUUUCUUACCACCCUCCGAUAUUCACACCACUCAAGCGGGUAACGUGGAAGACCUGGAAGGAACGGCUGGUGGUGCGAGCCUUGGAGCACAGAGUUGGGAUUUACUCUCCACAUACAGCGUACGAUGCCUUACCUCAUGGAGUCAAUAACUGGCUAGCAAAGGGACUCGGCGCCUGUACUUCUAUCCCACUGCAUCCAUCAAAUGCACCAAGCUAUCCAUCUGAGGGCACGCACCGGGUAGAAUUCUGUGCAGACAAUACUGAGCAUCUGGACACGGUGCUGUCCAAAAUCAAAGACAUCCAAGAGAUCUCCUGUCUUGCUACUCUCCCUGCCAGGGUUGAAGGUGAGGAGCAAACACGAGUCAGUUUGAACUGCUCUCAGAAGGCACUGUUGGAGGUGGUGGCAUUGUUGUCCCAGAACAGCCUUCUUUAUCACAAGACCGAGAUUCUCUUAUUACAAAAGCCCCCUCUUCCCCAUGCUGGGAUGGGACGCCUGUGCACACUGAGUGAGCCAGUCUCCUUGUCAGGUGUAAUCAAGCGUAUCAAAAGCCACCUGAAAUUGCCCCACAUCCGCUUAGCUGUGGGAACGGGAAAGACACUAGAAUCGCCAGUGAAGAAAGCUGCACUGUGUGCUGGUUCUGGGAGCAGUGUCCUGAAGGGAAUGGAAGCUGACCUCUAUCUCACAGGAGAGAUGUCCCACCACGACGUUCUGGACACCGUUGCUAAGGGGAUAAGUGUUAUUCUGUGUGAGCACAGUAACACUGAGCGAGGCUUCUUGUCAGAGCUGCGUGACAUGCUUGCUGUCCACCUACAGAACAAAAUCUAUAUAAUUGUGUCUGAGAAAGAUAGAGAUCCCCUCCAGGUAGCAUAGUGGGGGAAGGGGGGAAAGGAGGGAUGAGAGUACAGAGUUGAGUUUCAUGGCAUCUUGCACACACCUCUCCAACUGCAAGCAUAAUAAAGAUGCUCUGAAUAGGUUCAGUGCUGAACGA